AAAAUGGAUCCAGUCAUUUCACCACGAGGCUCUAUAGCUUCCCAUGAAGCUACAUCAGUCAAUAUUGAUCCGACGACUAUUGCAUCAUCUACCGACGCUGGUAGCCUUCCUCGGAUUAAGUUCCAAACAGCAGAACUUCUUGCUAGGCAAAUUUUUCAGACACCAGGUGAUGUUCUCUUUGUUGAAGGCGUAUCUCCACAGGAUUUUACUGUCAUUCAGAGAUUUCGAGAGUCGAAUGACCGUAAAUAUCGAUUCAAGCGAUACUAUCCCGAUCAAGGCCUACUCAUCAUUACAAUCCCAACUCAUUACCAUGAAUUCUUUACCUCAGUUACAGGAGGAUAUGAUGUGGUGGUUUACUACAUAAACCACACCUCGCAGCUACCCCUCGUUAUCCUCAACCCCCUGACUUCAACUCACAGCCCCUCCAACCCUGUAAGCUUCGUCAAAGACAACGCAAAGAUGGCUCCCACAACCAAGGAAUCGCCCGCUUUCGACCCCAAAGACGUUACUGUCGUCUUCGUCCUGGGUGGCCCAGGUGCAGGAAAGGGCACCCAAUGCGCUAAACUCGUUUCCGGCCAUGGCUUCAGCCAUCUCUCUGCGGGCGACCUUCUCCGUGCUGAACAGCAACGUGAGGGUUCACAGUACGGCGACCUGAUCCGCGAAUAUAUCAAGGAUGGAAAGAUUGUACCCUCGGAGGUUACAAUCAAUCUCCUCAGAAACGCCAUGCGAGAUAUCCUGGCUGAGGCUGGCAAGACCACCGGCCGCUUCCUGAUCGACGGCUUCCCUCGCAAGAUGGACCAGGCCCACUCAUUCGAGGAAAUCGUCUGCCCCGCCAAGCUCGUCCUCUUCUUCGACUGCCCCGAGAAUGUCAUGGAGGAGCGUCUGCUCGAGCGUGGCAAGACGAGUGGCCGAUCCGACGACAACGCUGAGAGCAUUCGCAAGCGGUUCAAGACGUUCGUCGAGACGAGCAUGCCCGUCAUUGACUACUACGAGAAGGAGAGCAAGGUCGUCAAGAUUGAUGCUACACAAAGCCCUGAUGCGGUCUACGCAAAGACUGAGGAGCUCCUCUCUCAAAGACUUGGUGCGGGGUUUUAA